AAAGGUACAUCAUACAUAUUGUUGACAAGCUAAUGAGAGACAUAAUGGAGGUGUGCAUAGACAAUUUUUCAGUCUUUGGGGAUUCGUUCAACCUUUGCCUCCUCCACUUAAAGACGAUUUUGACAAGAUGAACCACAAUACUGUAUGGGGCAACAACUUAAUGCAUUCACUAAACCGUUGAUCACACCACAAGCCUCGCCAAGCAAUGAGGAAAUCACGAGUGG